AUGGGUUUUAGGGUUUUCAUUCUCUGCUACGGUCUCCGCAUUGCGGUUCCCUGCCUCUUCCUCUGCGAACCCUACAAAAAAGCAAAGCCUUCAACCCUUUUGUUUGAACUUGUUAUUUCUUACUACUCUCGGGGUAUUGUGGUUGGCAUGAUCAUGGAGUUCAGAUCCAAGUCAUGCAGAGAUGAAAGGCUCCAGAUUGAAAGCAACGGUGGAGGCAAGGUGGCCCCAACAAGCAUGCAAGAUCUGAGGUGUCAGAGUGCUAAAAAUGCUUCUUCUGGCCGUGCACACCAGAUAGGUAGCACUGGUAAGGAGGUGAAGGUGAAGAGAGGGAAAAGGACAGCUGCUAAACCAUCAAAAAGUUGGAGCUUCAGUGACCCUGAGUUGCAGAGGAAGAAGAGAGUUGCUAGCUAUAAAAUAUAUGUUGCAGAAGGCAAAAUGAAAGGCUCUCUAAGAAAGAGUUUCAGGUGGAUCAAGAAUACAUACACUCAAGCUCUCUAUGGAUGGUGGUGA